AUGCGCCCCGGGCGCGGGGUUCCCUGUGGGGUCGGCCUUGGCGAGGCGGGUCCGCCUGUGCCACGGAAGCAGAAGCAGGAGUCCCUGGACACUUGCGGGCUCCGGGGCCUCGCGCACGUGGCCACGUCCCGCCGGGAAGGAGGCUCUCUCUCGCAGCUCUUGCUCCUCUGUCCAGGGUGCUGCUAUCCAUCCCUCCGGGCGCAAGCUCCUGGCCUCCGAGGCGCGUCUAUCGCCCUCCCCGUGUCCAAUUCUCGGGGCUUCUCCCCUACAGGGGAUCCCCGGAGCACCUCUGGUCUGUGCCCUGGCAGUGGCUCCUCACCAGCCUCCCAGCAUCUCCUCUCCGUCCCCCUCCCGAGGCUGCGGCAGCUUCACUCCCCGCCCGCCGCUCCCCUUUUCUCACUGCCUGCCAGAGAAGCUGGCCAUGGUUUCCCACCUCAGCGCCUUUGCCUGAGCCAUUCUCCCAAUCCCAGCAUGCCCUUCCCUGCUCAGCUCUACGUCUUAGAGAGCCCCCUUCGGCUGCCAGCGGCUCCCGGACCACCCACGGCUUUUUUGUCUUCACGUCCCCAGAGCCCAGCACAGGAGUCCCAGGAACUGAUCACCGAUUAUGGCGCCUACCACCAGCCUGACUACGAAUACUCAGCAGCUCUGCCUGAGCUCCAUCCCACCCCUAGAAUGACCUUCUUCCCCACGGGCACCAUCAGACCCUAUGCAAGUGCCCUGAACCCUUCACACAAUGGCCAAGUGUGCAGCACGUGGGGCAACUUCCAUUACAAGACCUUCGAUGGGGACAUUUUCCAGUUUCCCGGCCUGUGUAACUAUGUCUUUGCCUCGCAUUGCCAAACUGCUUAUGAAGAUUUCAAUAUUCAGAUCCGGCGCUCCCUGGUCGGGGAGACCUCCACCAUCAGCCGCAUCCUCCUCAAGACAGAAGGGAUGGUCUUAGAGCUCUCUCCCAACGUUGUCCUCAUCAACGGGCAGCGGGAGCAACUGCCCUACAGCCAGGCUGGGUUCACCGUGGAGGCAAGUAGCACCUACAUCAAGGUCAGCAUGAGGAUGGUUCUAACCUUCCUGUGGAAUGGUGAUGACAGUGCCUUGCUGCAACUGGAUGCAAAAUACGCCAACCAGACCUGUGGGCUCUGCGGGGACUUCAAUGGCCUUCCCACGUACAACGAGUUCUACUCCAACAAUGUCCGGCUGAUCCCCUUGCAGUUUGGGAACCUGCAGAAGCUGGACGGGCCCACCGAGCAGUGUCAGGACCCCCUCCCCUCCCCAGCGAACAAUUGCACAGAUGAGGAAGGCAGCUGCCUCAGGGUCCUCUACGGCCCGGCUUUCAGGGGGUGCAACCAGCUGGUGGACCCCCAGCCCUACGUGGAGGCCUGCGUCCAGGAUCUCUGUGACUGCAAAGAAGCUGAUCGCUCCUCUUGUCUGUGUGCCACGUUCUCCGAGUACUCCCGCCAGUGUGCCCAUGCUGGCGGGCAGCCCCUCAACUGGCGGAGUCCGGGCCUGUGCAAUAAGGAGUGCCCCUUCAACAUGCAGUACCACGAGUGUGGCUCCCCUUGCAUGGACACCUGCUCCAACCCUGAGCGCUCCCAGCUCUGUGAGGAGCAUUGUUUGGACGGCUGCUUCUGCCCCCCAGGGACAGUCCUGGAUGACAUCCAGGGCCAGGGCUGCGUGACCCUGGACCAAUGUCACUGUACCCACAACGGCCAGACUUACAAGCCUGGAGCCUCCUUCUCUACCCGCUGCAGCUCCUGCACGUGCCUUUCAGGCCUCUGGCAAUGUGAAGAGCUCCCGUGCCCAGGGACAUGCUCUGUGGAGGGCGGGUCCCACAUCACCACCUUCGACCAGAAGCGUUACAACGUCCACGGGGACUGCAGCUAUGUCUUGUCCAAGAAAUGCAAUGACGCCACCUUCACUAUCCUGGGGGAGCUGCGCAAGUGCGGCAUGACGGACAAUGAGAACUGCCUCAAGUCAGUGUCUCUGAACCUGAAUGAAGGAGAGACGGUCGUCAGGAUCCAGCCCAGUGGAGCCGUGUUUGUGAACUCCAUCUACAUGCAGCUGCCCAUCUCUGCAGCCAACAUCACCAUAUUCCAGGCCUCGACUCACUUCAUCCUGGUCCACGCCGCCUUCGGGCUGCUCCUGCAGAUCCAGCUGGUGCCCCUCAUGCAGGUGUCCAUGCACCUGGAUCCCUCCUUCCGGGGCCAGAUGUGUGGCCUCUGCGGAAACUUCAACCAGAACCAGGCAGACGAUUUCACAGCCACCAGCGGGGUGGUGGAAGGAACGGGAGCCGCCUUUGCCAACACCUGGAAGACCCAGGCCAACUGUCCCAACAUCAGGAACAGCUUCGAGAACCCGUGCUCCCUCAGUGUCGAAAAUGAAAACUACGCCCAGCACUGGUGCUCCCUUCUCGUGGACCAUGGCACCAUCUUCUCCCAGUGCCAUGCCUUCGUGAACCCGGCACCUUACUUCAAGAACUGCAUGUUUGACACUUGCAACUGUGAGAAGAGCGAGGACUGUCUGUGUGCGUCGCUAUCUUCCUAUGUGCAAGCCUGUGCUGCCCAGGGAGUGCUUCUGAGCGGUUGGAGGUCCGGGGUCUGCACCAAAUACAUGGACAGCUGCCCGAGCUCCCUCAGCUACAGCUACGUGGUGGAGUCUUGCCAGCCAACCUGCCGCUCCCUGAGCGAGCCCGACGUCACCUGCAGUGUCCACUUUGAUCCCGUGGACGGCUGUGUCUGCCCCAAAGACACCUAUCUCAAUGACGCAGGGCAGUGUGUGCCCGCCACUCAGUGCCCCUGCUACUUCAAGGGCACCAUGGUGGCUCUGGGAGAAACCAUCCAGGAGAACGGCGCCGUGUGUUCUUGCACAAGUGGGAAGCUGAGCUGCUUUGGAGACAUGGAUCCGAGCCCAGUCUGCACGCCUCCCAUGGUCUACUUGGACUGCAACAACGCCUCGGCAGGGACCCUGGGGGCCCAGUGCCAGAAGAGCUGUGACACGCUGGAUGUGGCCUGUUACAAUGCCCAGUGUGUGUCCGGCUGCAUCUGUCCUGAAGGAUUAGUGAAGGAUGGAAAUAAUGGUUGUGUCAAGGAGGAGGACUGUCCUUGCGUUCACAACGAGGCCUCCUACAAAUCAGGGGAAACCAUCCGAGUGGACUGUAACAACUGCACCUGCAAGAACCGGAGGUGGGAGUGCACCCAGGCCCCGUGCCUGGGCACGUGUGCAGUGUACGGAGACGGGCACUUCAUCACCUUCGACAGCGAGCGCUACAGCUUUGAGGGGAAUUGCGAGUAUACACUGGUCCAGGACUACUGUGGGGGAAACACCACCACCAAUGGGACCUUCCGUGUGAUCACAGAGAACAUCCCUUGUGGCACCACGGGGGUCACCUGCUCCAAGGCCAUCAAAGUGUUUCUCAAGGGAACGGAACUGAUAUUCAACGAGGGCCACGUGAAAAUGGUGGCGAGGGGGACAGACAAGGAGAUCCCAUACAAGAUCCACUCUAGAGGCAUCUACAUGGUCCUUGAGACCCAAGCAGGGAUGGUUCUGAUGUGGGACCGGAAAACCAGCAUCUUCAUUAAGUUACAUCAGCGCUACAAGGGCAAGGUCUGCGGUCUCUGUGGGAACUAUGACGGCAACAGCCUCAACGACUUCACCACCAGGAGCCUGUCGGUGGUGGGCGACGUGCAGGAGUUCGGCAACAGCUGGAAACUCUCCCCCACCUGCCCGGAUGCCGUUCCCGUCAGGGACCCCUGCACCGCCAACCCUUACCGCAAAGCCUGGGCCCAGAAGCAGUGCAGCAUCAUCAACAGCGCCGUCUUCGCAGCCUGCCACCCUCAGGUGGACUCCACCAAGUACUACGAGGCCUGUGUGUCAGAUGCGUGCGCCUGUGACUCUGGUGGAGACUGUGAGUGCUUCUGCACAGCGGUGGCAGCCUACGCUCAGGCCUGCAAUGACGUGGGCGUCUGCAUCUCCUGGAGGAAGCCAGAUAUUUGUCCCAUGUUCUGUGACUUCUACAAUCCCCAUGGAGAGUGUGACUGGCACUACCAGCCCUGCGGAGCACCUUGUCUGAAGACCUGCGGCAACCCAAGUGGGAAGUGCCUGGUGGACUUACCUGGGUUAGAAGGCUGCUAUCCAGACUGUCCGGCUGAGAAACCUUUCUUCAGUGAAAGCCAGAUGAAGUGUGUCGACCAAUGUGGCUGUUAUGACGAGGAAGGGAACUAUUAUGAAGUGGGAGACAAAGUCGUGAGCCAAGCCAACUGCCAGAGCUGUAACUGUACCACGAGUGGCAUCCAGUGCACCCCGGAUCAAAAUGAGUGCACUUGCUUGUAUGAGGGUCACACGUACCAUAUCCAUGAGGUAAUCUACAACACCACGGAUGGCCUGGGAGCCUGCCUUAUCGCCAUCUGUGGAGAAAAUGGGACGAUCGAGCGCAUGUCCAAAGAGUGCCCCGGGACGCCCUCCACCUCUGCGCCAUUCACCUUCACCACCAGGCUGCCAGAGUCCACUGCAGAGCCCACCACCACCGUCUCAGCUGCUUCCACGGUGUGUGUGCAAGAAGUUUGUGAGUGGUCCGACUGGUACGACGGCAGCACUCCGGGAGCGGGGCUGGAUGGUGGAGAUUUCGAUACGUUCGAGAACCUCCGGCUGAGCGGAUACUCAAUCUGCCCCAGUGCUCGUGACGUGCAGUGCAGGGCCCGGGCGUUUCCGAGCAUCUCGCUGGCAGAAGUGGGACAGAAGGUGGAGUGCAGCCUGUCCCGGGGGCUGCUAUGCUACAAUGCGGAGCAGGAGCCGCCCUUAUGUCACGACUAUGAGAUCCGAGUACUGUGCUGCAGCUAUGUGCCUUGUGGUGGGUCCACAACCACGGGCACCAGAUCAUCUGCCACAAGAUCUACAAUGUCCCUCCAAACAUUAUCGAACUUGACCUCACAGACAUGGUCCGUACCCCCCAGAGCCAGUACUACUACUGGGCCCUGCCAGCCCCAAUGCCAGUGGACAGAGUGGUUUGAUACCGAUUACCCCAAGUCCGAAGCAGUUGGUGCAGACAUCGAGACAUACGACAAGAUCAGGAGCACAGGAAAGAAGUUCUGCCGGGAGCCCCAAGGCAUCGAAUGCCAGGCAGAGAACUACCCUAACAUGACUCUUGAGGAAGUAGGACAGGUUGUGUAUUGUGAUGUUCACUUUGGCUUUAUCUGUAGAAAUGAAGAACAAUCAGGUUUGUUCAAAAUGUGUCUUAACUACAAGAUCAAGGUCCUGUGUUGUGAUGACAGCAAUUGCCAUACAACGACCCCAGUCACCCGGCCAGUGGAACUGAUCACCAGCACGACAGCACAGACAUCCCUCACCACCAAGAGCCUGGUGACAGAGAGCAGCCCAGUCACCUCCGCAACCCGAGAGUCCACACCAAUCACUCCCCUGUCCACACACUCACCCCCAGGCACAGAAGUGACCAUUACCACAUCCUCUUCAGCUCCUCACCCAACCACCACUGCAAUCAGCAGCACAGCAAAGACCUCCGCAGCGUCCACAUCGACCCCCUUGGCUACAACCACCAAGAUGGUAAAGGUGAAAACCACAGCCACUCCUGGAUCAACCCAGGGCACGGUUAAAACAAGCUCUCCUCUCAUCAAAUCAUCUACAGAAACAGUUCAGACAACACAAAGACAAUCCACAAACUCAGAGAUCUCAACAGCAACAACACAACUGAGCACAACUUUGAAGACACAGACUACCACGCUGGUUCCUCUUGGCCCCACAUCAACCAGUACAAUAACCUCGUCACAGGUCACAACACUUGUCUCUACUCCCUGUCAACCAAAGUGUGAAUGGACAGAGUGGUUUGAUACCGAUUACCCCAAGUCCGAAGCAGUUGGUGCAGACAUUGAGACAUACGACAAGAUCAGAAGCACAGGAAAGACGUUCUGCCGGGAGCCCCAAGGCAUCGAAUGCCAGGCAGAGAACUACCCUAACAUGACUCUUGAGGAAGUAGGACAGGUUGUGCAUUGUGAUGUUCACUUUGGCUUUAUCUGUAGAAAUGAAGAACAAUUAGGUUUGUUCAAAAUGUGUCAUAACUACAAGAUCAAGGUCCUGUGUUGUGAUGACAGCAAUUGCCAUACAACGACCCCAGUCACCCGGCCAGUGGAACCGACCACCAGCCUGAGGACUGGCACCACAGCACAGACAUCCCUCACCACCAAGAGCCUGGUGACAGAGAGCAGCCCAGUCACCUUCGCAACCCGAGAGUCCACACCAAUCACUCCCCUGUCCACACGCUCACCCCCAGGCACAAAAGUGACCAGAACCACAUCCUCUUCAGCUCCUCACCCAACCACCACUGCAAUCAGCAGCACAGCAGCAUCCACAUCGACCCCCAUGCCUACAACCACCAAGAUGAUAGAGAUGGAAACCACAGCCACUCCUGGAUCAACCCAGGGCACAGUUAAAACAAGCUCUCCCCUCAUCAAAUCAUCUACAGAAACAGUUCAGACAACACAAAGACAAUCCACAAACUCAGAGAUCUCAACAGCAACAACACAACUGAGCACAACUUUGAAGACACAGACUACCACGCUGGUUCCUCCUGGCCCCACAUCAACCAGUACAAUAACCUCGUCACAGGUCACAACACUUGUCUCUACUCCCUGUCAACCAAAGUGUGAAUGGACAGAAUGGUUUGAUAUGGACUUCCCAAGUUCUGGAAUCAAUGGGGGAGACUUUGAAACAUAUGAUAAUAUCAGGAAGGCAGGAGGAAAAAUUUGCACAGACCCCAAAAAACUUGAGUGCCGAGCUGAAAAUUACCCUGAGGUAAGCAUUGACCAGAUUGGACAGGUUCUGCAAUGCAACCAGAAAUUUGGGCUGAUCUGCAAAAAUAAGGAUCAAAAGGGAAAAUUCAAAAUGUGCUUUAAUUAUAACAUUCGUGCCCUGUGCUGUAAUGACUGCCCCUCCCUAGUAACAGAAACAGCGAAGACUCCAUCCACACCACAGAACACAACUGAACUUACCACGCCCACAUCAACACUAAUGACAUCUACAAAGGAGGCUACUUCAACUUUCCAAACCAGUGGAAAAAACCCCACUUCCUCACAAACUCAAGGCACAACUUGGAAGUUUACUAGUUCCAAGCCCUCGACCACUUUGGUCUUCACAAAAAGUAUCCUGACAACCCCUGGUAAAUUCACAACAGCAAGAACCUCCAUUGUGAAGUCUACCACAGCAAGAACACACAUUGUCCCAACAUCUGGAGCCACUGAGGUCACCAAGCUGUCACAGACAGCUCCCAGAUCUCCGAGCAUAAGCUCAUCAUUUGGAACCACCUCCACUAGUCAAUCAACACCUCUCAGCCCCAUUGCCUUAGUCUCAACUGGGGCUACGUCACCCACAGAGUGCCAGCCCAGGUGUGUGUGGACAGACUGGAUUGACCAGAGCUAUCCCAUCCCUGGAGAAGAUGGUGGAGACUUUGAGACUUAUGACAACAUCUGGGCUACAGGGAAAACCCUCUGUGCGAAGCCCCAGGAAAUCCAGUGCCGAGCAGAGAAUUACCCAACCCUGCCCCUCAGCCAAGUGGGACAGAAUGUGGAGUGUAAUGUGAGCAUUGGCCUGAUCUGCAGAAACCGAGACCAGGCUGGCUCAAAAUACUGCUUGAACUAUCACAUCAAGGUGCUCUGCUGUGAUGAUUACCGCCAUUGCAAAACCACCUCAUCACCACCUGUCACCACAUCUACCAUGACCCCAGGGAGCUCUCCCCUUCCCACCAAGAUUACCACCCAAACUACGCAAACCCCCUCUCACCCCACUGGCACCACACAGAAAGUAACUCCAACCCGUUUGCUGUCGACCCUAUCUUCCAUGAAGACUCGCAGUGUGCCCACCGUGCCCACAAGUUCUGAAUCCACAACAGUCUCUGGAGGAACUACCCUCUCACUGUCUCCCACCCCCAGCUCUGUGCCUGCAUCUACCGGGCUGACCUCUCCAAUGGGCUCCUCAACUACAUCCAUAGGAUCCACAAGCUGUGCACCCAUCUGCAUUUGGACAGACUGGAUUGACCAGAGCUAUCCUAUCCCUGGAAAAGAUGGUGGAGACUUUGAGACCUAUGACAAUAUCCGGGCUUCAGGGAAAACCCUCUGUGAGAAGCCUGAGGAAAUCCAGUGCCGAGCGGAGAACUACAUGAACUUGAACAUCGAUCAACUGGGACAAGUGGUCGAUUGCAACGUGAACACUGGUCUAGUCUGCAGGAACAGGGACCAGUCUGGAAGGUUUAAAAUGUGCCUCAAUUACCACAUCAAGGUGCUCUGCUGUGAUUACUCCCACUGCUCAACUACAGCCAGACCAGAAACCCCUUACCUUAGUACUCUAUCUACUACUGCCAGAUCAAGGAUCCCACCUUCCCUCAGUACUCUGUCUACUGUAGGAACCCAUUCUGGCAGUACCCCCAUACUGCCAACCCUCACCAGCACCUCCAGUGCCACUCCCUCAGGAAGCACGGCGCCCACUACUCAAUGUGUGCCCCGGUGUCGCUGGACGGAGUGGUUUGAUACUCACAAACCCAAACCAGGCCGAUUUGGAGGCGAUAUUGAGACUUAUUACAGCAUCACGGAUGCUGGGGGCAAAAUCUGUCUGGAGCCCAAAGCCAUUGAGUGCCAGUCCUCAGUCUUCCCAGACACUCCCCUUGAACAGCUGGAGCAGGUGGUGUGGUGCGACGUGGAUUACGGCUUGAUCUGCAGAAACAGUAAGCAGAAGGUUCCCGAUGCCGUGUGUCUCAACUAUCGAAUCCGAGUGCAGUGCUGCGAUGACUAUAGCCACUGUGCGACAAGUCCACCUACAACCAGCACAGCUUCCACAGGAUCGGCUUCCUGGACGACACUGUCCACCAGCACCACAGCCAUGUCUGCCAGCUCCAGAUCCCCGAGCACUUCCCCUACCUCAAGCCUGCAGACGGAGAGUAUCAAGUCACCGCCAGUCACAGUGGUCACCGAGAAAGUUACCAGCUCAGGGCCAGUGACUUCUCUGCGGCCCACCUCCACCAUCCCAUCAUCCACCGGCUCAUCAGCACCAACCACUGCAGUAACUCGCCCUGUGGCAUCUACCACAGCAAGGACCCACACCGCCCCAACAUCCGGGACUACCGAGGUCACCAAGCUGUCACAGACAGCUCCCAGAUCUCCGAGCACAAGCUCAUCAUUUGGAACCACCUCCACUAGUCAAUCAACACCUCUCAGCCCCAUUGCCUUAGUCUCAACUGGGGCUACGUCACCCACAGAGUGCCAGCCCAGGUGUGUGUGGACAGACUGGAUUGACCAGAGCUACCCCAUCCCUGGAGAAGAUGGUGGAGACUUUGAGACUUAUGACAACAUCUGGGCUACAGGGAAAACCCUCUGUGCGAAGCCCCAGGAAAUCCAGUGCCGAGCAGAGAAUUACCCAACCCUGCCCCUCAGCCAAGUGGGACAGAAUGUGGAGUGUAAUGUGAGCAUUGGCCUGAUCUGCAGAAACCGAGACCAGGCUGGCUCAAAAUACUGCUUGAACUAUCACAUCAAGGUGCUCUGCUGUGAUGAUUACCGCCAUUGCAAAACCACCUCAUCACCACCUGUCACCACAUCUACCAUGACCCCAGGGAGCUCUCCCCUUCCCACCAAGAUUACCACCCAAACUACGCAAACCCCCUCUCACCCCACUGGCACCACACAGAAAGUAACUCCAACCCGUUUGCUGUCGACCCUAUCUUCCAUGAAGACUCGCAGUGUGCCCACCGUGCCCACAAGUUCUGAAUCCACAACAGUCUCUGGAGGAACUACCCUCUCACUGUCUCCCACCCCCAGCUCUGUGCCUGCAUCUACCGGGCUGACCUCUCCAAUGGGCUCCUCAACUACAUCCAUAGGAUCCACAAGCUGUGCACCCAUCUGCAUUUGGACAGACUGGAUUGACCAGAGCUAUCCUAUCCCUGGAAAAGAUGGUGGAGACUUUGAGACCUAUGACAAUAUCCGGGCUUCAGGGAAAACCCUCUGUGAGAAGCCUGAGGAAAUCCAGUGCCGAGCGGAGAACUACAUGAACUUGAACAUCGAUCAACUGGGACAAGUGGUCGAUUGCAACGUGAACACUGGUCUAGUCUGCAGGAACAGGGACCAGUCUGGAAGGUUUAAAAUGUGCCUCAAUUACCACAUCAAGGUGCUCUGCUGUGAUUACUCCCACUGCUCAACUACAGCCAGACCAGAAACCUCUUACCUUAGUACUCUAUCUACCACUGCCAGAUCAAGGAUCCCACCUUCCCUCAGUACUCUGUCUACUGUAGGAACCCAUUCUGGCAGUACCCCCAUACUGCCAACCCUCACCAGCACCUCCAGUGCCACUCCCUCAGGAAGCACGGCGCCCACUACUCAAUGUGUGCCCCGGUGUCGCUGGACGGAGUGGUUUGAUACUCACAAACCCAAACCAGGCCAAUUUGGAGGCGAUAUUGAGACUUAUUACAGCAUCACGGAUGCUGGGGGCAAAAUCUGUCUGGAGCCCAAAGCCAUUGAGUGCCAGUCCUCAGUCUUCCCAGACACUCCCCUUGAACAGCUGGAGCAGGUGGUGUGGUGCGACGUGGAUUACGGCCUGAUCUGCAGAAACAGUAAGCAGAAGGUUCCCGAUGCCGUGUGUCUCAACUAUCGAAUCCGAGUGCAGUGCUGCGAUGACUAUAGCCACUGUGCGACAAGUCCACCUACAACCAGCACAGCUUCCACAGGAUCGGCUUCCUGGACGACACUGUCCACCAGCACCACAGCCAUGUCUGCCAGCUCCAGAUCCCCGAGCACUUCCCCUACCUCAAGCCUGCAGACGGAGAGUAUCAAGUCACCGCCAGUCACAGUGGUCACCGAGAAAGUUACCAGCUCAGGGCCAGUGACUUCUCUGCGGCCCACCUCCACCAUCCCAUCAUCCACCGGCUCAUCAGCACCAACCACUGCAGUAACUCGCCCUGUGGCAUCUACCACAGCAAGGACGCACACCGCCCCAACAUCCAGGACUACCGAGGUCACCAAGCUGUCACAGACAGCUCCCAGAUCUCCGAGCACAAGCUCAUCAUUUGGAACCACCUCCACUAGUCAAUCAACACCUCUCAGCCCCAUUGCCUCAGUCUCAACUGGGGCUACGUCACCCACAGAGUGCCAGCCCAGGUGUGUGUGGACAGACUGGAUUGACCAGAGCUAUCCUAUCCCUGGAAAAGAUGGUGGAGACUUUGAGACCUAUGACAAUAUCCGGGCUUCAGGGAAAACCCUCUGUGAGAAGCCUGAGGAAAUCCAGUGCCGAGCGGAGAACUACAUGAACUUGAACAUCGAUCAACUGGGACAAGUGGUCGAUUGCAACGUGAACACUGGUCUAGUCUGCAGGAACAGGGACCAGUCUGGAAGGUUUAAAAUGUGCCUCAAUUACCACAUCAAGGUGCUCUGCUGUGAUUACUCCCACUGCUCAACUACAGCCAGACCAGAAACCCCUUACCUUAGUACUCUAUCUACUACUGCCAGAUCAAGGAUCCCACCUUCCCUCAGUACUCUGUCUACUGCAGGAACCCAUUCUGGCAGUACCCCUAUACUGCCAACCCUCACCAGCACCUCCAGUGCCACUCCCUCAGGAAGCACGGCACCCACUACUCAAUGUGUGCCCCGGUGUCGCUGGACGGAGUGGUUUGAUACUCACAAACCCAAACCAGGCCGAUUUGGAGGCGAUAUUGAGACUUAUUACAGCAUCACGGAUGCUGGGGGCAAAAUCUGUCUGGAGCCCAAAGCCAUUGAGUGCCAGUCCUCAGUCUUCCCAGACACUCCCCUUGAACAGCUGGAGCAGGUGGUGUGGUGCGACGUGGAUUACGGCCUGAUCUGCAGAAACAGUAAGCAGAAGGUUCCCGAUGCCGUGUGUCUCAACUAUCGAAUCCGAGUGCAGUGCUGCGAUGACUAUAGCCACUGUGCGACAAGUCCACCUACAACCAGCACAGCUUCCACAGGAUCGGCUUCCUGGACGACACUGUCCACCAGCACCACAGCUAUGUCUGCCAGCUCCAGAUCCCCGAGCACUUCCCCUACCUCAAGCCUGCAGACGGAGAGUAUCAAGUCACCGCCAGUCACAGUGGUCACCGAGAAAGUUACCAGCUCAGGGCCAGUGACUUCUCUGCGGCCCACCUCCACCAUCCCAUCAUCCACCGGCUCAUCAGCACCAACCACUGCAGUAACUCGCCCUGUGGCAUCUACCACAGCAAGGACGCACACCGCCCCAACAUCCGGGACUACCGAGGUCACCAAGCUGUCACAGACAGCUCCCAGAUCUCCGAGCACAAGCUCAUCAUUUGGAACCACCUCCACUAGUCAAUCAACACCUCUCAGCCCCAUUGCCUCAGUCUCAACUGGGGCUACGUCACCCACAGAGUGCCAGCCCAGGUGUGUGUGGACAGACUGGAUUGACCAGAGCUACCCCAUCCCUGGAGAAGAUGGUGGAGACUUUGAGACUUAUGACAACAUCUGGGCUACAGGGAAAACCCUCUGUGCGAAGCCCCAGGAAAUCCAGUGCCGAGCAGAGAAUUACCCAACCCUGCCCCUCAGCCAAGUGGGACAGAAUGUGGAGUGUAAUGUGAGCAUUGGCCUGAUCUGCAGAAACCGAGACCAGGCUGGCUCAAAAUACUGCUUGAACUAUCACAUCAAGGUGCUCUGCUGUGAUGAUUACCGCCAUUGCAUAACUCCGAGCUCAAACCCCUCUACAGCUUCCAGCUCGAGGACUCCACAUUUGAGCACAUCUACUUUGCAGACAUCCACCAUCUCCACCUUCUCCACUUCUGUAUCCGUCCCUCCCACCUCACAGCCAACUCUGAUGCCUUCCACCUUCACAACCCCCUGCUUCUGCUUUGUGUCAGGAGACCUGUUUUCUCCUGGUGAAGUAAUCUACAACAAGACAGACAAAGCUGGGUGUAGUUUUUUUGCGAUUUGCAACCAACAUUGUGAGAUAGAAAGAUUUAAUGGACCAUGUCCAACUCCAACACCAACUGUCCCCCAAACAACUCCUCCGCCAGGCUGCUAUGAUGUCCAUCCACCAAGACAGCCUGGAGAGCAAUGGACCAGUAAUUGCCAAGAUUGCAUCUGUGACAACAGCUCUCUCACUGUACAAUGUAGACCUGUUCAGUGCCCAGAGCCCACACCACCCCCCAAGUGCCAAAAGGAGGGCUUUGUCAUUGUCUACCGGGCUCGGGCAGAAAAUCCAUGCUGUAUGGAGGCACACUGUGUCUGCAACCAGUCAAGCUGCCCUCAAGACCAGCCAGGCUGUGGACCCCAAGAGGAGCUGUUUAGCUUUCUGCCUCUGGACACCUGCUGUCCAGUCUUCGGGUGCAGAGAGAAAAUGUGUGAGCACAACGGGACCACCUACGGGAUUGGGUCAAGCGUGCCAUCGGACCUGCCCUGCCACACCUGCACCUGCCGCGCCGAAGUGAACCCGGCCACCAACAGCACGGUGUGGUGCGAGCCUGAGCGCUGCCCCACCACCUGCGGCCCGGACCAGGAGUACCAUGUGCGGCCAGGCCAGUGCUGCGGGCAGUGUGAGCCAGCUGGCUGCCUCACCCCUGACGACAAGUGGAUUAAGCUUAAUGAGACCUGGGUCAACCCCGGCGCGGACAACUGCACGGAAUACCUCUGCCAGAAAGUGGACGGGGACUCCAUCCUGUCCCCGCGGCCGGCCGAGUGCCCGGAGGUCCCGCUGUGCCAGGGAGUCCUCAGGAAGGUUGGCUGCUGCUAUGAAUGUGAAGAGCUUCAGGAAAACUGCCGGGUCCAGUCCAAUGAGACGCUUCUCCGAUACAAGGACUGCGUGUCAGAGACGGCCGUCAAUCUCACCUUCUGUGCGGGGUCCUGCGCUUCCACAUCCAUGUAUUCUCUGGAGGCUAACGAGAUGCAGAGGAAGUGUACCUGCUGCCGGGAGACCCGGGUGCAUCAGGAAGAGGUGAAGAUGAAGUGUCCCGACGGCACGGAGAUCCGGAGCAGCUACACGCAUGUGGAUGCCUGCAGCUGCCUACCUGCCUGCCUGCCCUCCCACACGGAAGUCUUUGCUACCUAGGGACAUCCUGGAGGAGUGUGGAGGGAGGGCACCGAAUCCCACCGGGCCCGGCCUGGAAAGAGACUCUUUUCUAAGCCCAGGAAACUUUGCUUGCCUUUUUUGCCUGCUUGCUCUGGAACAGCCCCUCCAGCAGCCCCAGAUUCUUCUUGAGCCCCCAGUAGUUCAAGGUCAGUAAGGGAAAGUUCGAGCGUCCCGAGGUCUCGCCCUGACUGGCUAAGCACCCUGUGGGGAGGCUCUGAUGGAUACAAUGAGACUCAAGGUUCUUGUUCCAAGGAGAGGCUGGAGGCCCUGAGUUAAUAGGCCCUGUGAGCUCCUUGAGAGCAGACUGUCUUUUGCCCUUUUUGUGUCUUUAGUGAUUAGCACAGGGCUUGGCACGUUGAAGUCACUUAAUAAAUGCUUAUUGACUGCCUAAGAGAUCUGCCGACACUUAAAACAGUAAGAGCGGCCAUGGACCACCAGCCCCAGACUCGCUCACUUUGCUAAGGUGAGACCUGGUGCUCUCCAAGGUGCUUGGAAGUCUCUCCAUUCAUUCUUCCAGCAGGAACCCCAAACACAGGACCAGGCAUGCUCAGUCAGAUCCUAGCUUGCUCCCUCUCAGUCUCUGGUGGAAGAAGGGGCUUUUCAGUAGCAGUAAAUGUUUCCUUUCUCUCUGUCCCCACGGCCACAAAUGGUGAUAGUGAGACCAACACUCCCUCCCAUUUCUGGCUUCCUGGUUCUAACUCCAUGCAGGCAAGAGAAGUCUCAUGCUGUUAGGCAGAAAGCAGAAGAAGCUGAGGCAUGGGGGGAUGAGUGAGCAGAUGCAGGCAACCUCCUUGAGCUUCCUGCUCCUAAAGGAUUCAAUAAAAACUUUGCCAUUC